UGCUUUUCCUUCAAAAAUAAGGACAUUUCAAUGUGACCCCAAACGGUAGUGUAUAGAAUAACUCAUUAUAAAAUACAUUAUAUAAUAGCAAUAAACUCUGUGUUCAGAUUUACAAAGUGCAACUGAUAUUAAUGCAAGCUUGUAUGUAAGCAUAUGUUUUAUCAAAUUCAUUUUGGAUGCAACAUUAAUACUUCUGAUGUAGUAACACACAUACAAGCUAAUCGUCAUAAAAUUGGCUAUUAUAGGCUACUGUCUAACUGUUUAAACACUGCAAAGCUGUUGUAAGACCUCAAUAUCUGCAUACUCAAAUUUUCGUUUUUUUCAUAUAUCUCUGGCCUUAUGUGUUUUUAAUAGACUACUGCGUAAUGUGAAAUGACACAAAGAAGGCUAGAGCAACAAACUUCUAGGACUUUUCCCAUCCAUCCCCUCCAUCCAGGCAGUGUUUUAUCAGUGAGAGAUUUAAUCCAAUAAAUCCAAUAUGUGUCAGCCAUAAACUGUGGUCUGCUUCUUCCUUCUGCAGUUAUAAUUAAAUACAGCUAAUCUACUCUGUGGUCAGGUUUAUCGAGAAAAAGUCCCCUCUUUUUCUAGAGUGGUAUAAUUGGUAAUAGCCAUAGAUUGUAUAAAGGUAAUAGCCUAGCCUAUGUGUAGGCUAGCGCGUUUUCUGACUAUCUUUGUCCCUCAGCGGACACCAUCGAGGUAAUACAACGUUGCUGUUUCACUCUCCAGUUUAAAGACUUGCAUGUGUUGUAUAAACAAUGCAUUCAAGGAAUCGUUGAACAUAUGAAAUGUCUGUGUUGCGUAGAGCAAAAACAUGGGAAAUAUCAGAAUCUGAGGAGAGCGACGGAGAGACAAUCCCCGGUGAGAGCGGCCAAAUAUUAGUAACAGUCAGCACAGACCUAACAGAUGAUCCGAGUUCAGACUACAAGGGCAAAAGCCUCCCAUCGUCCCCCACGAAAACGGAGUCCAGUCAAACUUCUGAUUUGUCUCCUCCGCGACCGGAUGGAUGUGGCACACCAAGCCCUGCAAGAAAACGCCGCACCAAGGAGGAGAUAGAGGAGGACAGACAGGCUGCCAGGCAGAGCAAGGAGACGAGGGACAGGCAGAGAGCAGCCAGGGCCCGGGACAAAGAGGAGAGGAGACAGGAGCAGCAGAGGAGGAGAGAGGCAGCGGAGAACCUCAAGAGUCUCCGGCCAGAGAACUGCCUCAGGCGUCUGACCGUCUGCAUAGAUCCAGCUCUUCUGCAACAGGAUGGCUCAGACAUCUUGCUGGACACCCUGACUACAUUUGAGUGGCGGUAUAGCAUUGAGAGCCAGCAGCUCCCACACAGCAUCACCUGGACCAGAGACUUGCCUCAGCAGGGAGCUGGCUCGGUGGAGGAGGAGCAAGUGGUUCUGGUGCUGGGUCUGACGGACUUCAUGGACAUGGUGAUCUCUGUGAAGAAAAUGCUGGACAGUGAAGGGGAGGAGACAAGGAUGGGGUCUUUCCUCAGUCCAAUUUUGGAGUGCCUCAACCGAGAAGCCAAGAAGGUCACGCUCUUAGUGUCAGACUCUCAGACAGAUAACAGGACCGACUCUUAUGGGCAUUCACUGCAAUCCAAAUUGGGGAUGGAGAACUUGGUUGUGGAGGAGGUUCUUGUGUAUCUGCAGCUCUACAAGAAUAUCUCACUGGUCUUCCUAGAGGGCUGGCAGGAGGUCACUAACUACGUGUGUGCCGUCACCAAGGCCUUAUCAAAACACCCUUUUAAACUGCUGACGGAGCAGGCAGAGCUGCCCUUCUGUGUGGACGGUUCAUGGGCCAGCGGGGUUCGGGUGGAGAAGGACGGCUCGGGGCUGAUUCAGGUCUGGAGCAGGCAGAUUCAGCAGCUGAACAGAGUGAGCCCGGCUGUGGCCUCUACUGUGAUUGCUGCCUACCCGUCUCCUCAGCUGCUGCUGCAGGUACACCCGAGGCAUACCAGAGUUUAGCAUCAGAGGAGGACAGAAAGGGUCUGCUGGCUGCUCUUUUGGUGAAAAGUGGAGGUAAAGAGAGACGUAUAGGACCGGAGAUAUCAGCCAGAGUUUACCGCUGCUUCACAGCCCAGAACCCCGAGCUGGUCCUGGACUGACCUGUCCACUUGAGAACCAGACGGACAGACGUCAGCGAGGAUUAAUCUGGUCUCUAUGACACUUAGUCACCACUUGGUGUCUAAUGUGUGAAUGGUGAUGUUUACAAACUAAAAUAUGCCUUAGAUAUCAUGUCGACCUUCCAGUAAAGCACUGGAAACAGAUUUGAAGAAUAUAAUAUAUUUAGUAAACUAAGGAAUUAUUUGAUGUGUAUUAUUUUAUUCUGUGAAUGUAUCAAUGCAAGUUGUAUUGUCGAAGGGACCUCUGUGAACUAUGUGAUAUUUUUUGGUUUAUGUGUGAAAAAGCUUAUAAAAAAUGAGCUGCAGCAGAACUUUUCACUUUUAUUUUAGAGAAUUUCCUUAUUAAGAAAGUUAACAAACUGUAAAUAGAAAAACAAAUCCUAAUGUGAGCAAGAACACCAUGACCGUUGAUAGUCAAGUUGAUAUUCAAGCCAAAGGCUGAUUACAAAAUACAUUUACAAAACGUCUUUUCCACAGUAUCAAAAAAGCAACUCCUCUCCCCCUGGAGUUUGUCCCUGAGAAUAACAAGUGUACACUUUCACAAGAUUUCCAGUGUGUUUUUUUUGUCAAAGUCUAAUCUGGCAAACAUUAUAUCUUCCAAACAGUGACUGGCAUAUUAUUAUUAUUAUUAUUAUUAUUAUCAACCCCAUGAUAGCAAUUGGCUAAAAUGCAAAUAAAUGACCCAAAUGUCACUGUACAAUCUCAACUUCAUUAAAUGUCUCAUACACUACACACUCACUCCCUUCUCCCCACUCAUUGACAAAGUUGUUUGAAUGUCACAAACUUGCUAAAUCAAAAACAAGAAACAAUCCAUGCCAAAUUGGCUAAAAGAGGAGAUUGCUCUUCUUGAUUUCCAACAGGAAAUGUCGAUGGCAAUGGUAGAAUAUCUUUGUGCCAAACACUUACAAAUACCUUUUCGCUACUAGGUUAUGUCCAGCGGCUUCUUUUGCAUUGGUAAUCCUCCGGCUCAGAGCAGCAGCUGUCGUAGUCGCUGCUGGGAGGAGUUGGAGGGCUGUGGCAAGUGCAGGGUUGAGUUUGAGGUGACAUGUGACAGGGGCACUGGUAUGGGACUGUGUCGAGAAACGGGCUGGUGCAGGGGCUCGGGGAGGCGCAGGCACUCAGGGUGGAGGCUGGGCUCGGGAUGGGGCUGGAAGGCAGGCUCAUCCCCUCGUAGAAAUCCUCAAGCGAGUCCUCGUGUUGCUCCGAGGCUUCGGGGCUGCUGCUGAGGGUGAAGACCCAGCCCAGCUGUAAGUGCAGGAGGGUGCGCAGGCCAGGGGGCAGCUCUAUAGCAUUUAGUACAUCGGGGCAGCAGGGCAACAUUUGGCGGAGCUGGGCACAGCAAAGGUACUGCAGGGAGGUGGGCGUAUAGCAGGCACGGAUAACCUUCAUACUGCUUUUAGCUGCUGUGGAGCACACCAUGGGGUAGAACUUCUUGUUCUGCAGCCUAGUGGCAGCAACGCCUGUUGUAGCAGGAGAGAAACGGCAUCAGAGGUGAAGGGAUUUCGGAUAAAAGCCCAGUUCACACCAAAGAUUUGCGAUAAGAGGAGUUGAAAGUUGCAACGUGCCAACGUUCUAAAACCUUCCAAUGGCAACUUGACAAGCUGAGUCGCAGGCAACGCAAUCAUCAGCCUGCCUGAGUCAGGCCGAGACGGGCCAGUUCAGACCGCUGCAACUUUUCCCAAUAAAAGUCUAAAACCGUUUUGUCUAGUGGCAAAUCU